AUGGACGAGGGCGGCAGGUCAAUCAAAGCACUACUUGCUGCCCAGGAGCCGGUUGUUAAGGAGCUGAUUGAGGAUGAUAUUGAACACGGAGUCCUGGUUCCACUGAAGACAACACUUGAGCUUCGAGAUGACUACCAAACUGGGCGGGUAUUGAUCACUCGCGUGCCCACCAAAGCCGCCAACCCGGCUAUCAUGCUAUUGCGCAAGCUGCUACCUGAAGAAAUCAUUAAGGGUUUUCCUCAUCUACGCAGAUGCGCUAAGCCAUCGGAUCUUCCUGCCCACCUUAAAGCCGAGCUCAUGAACGAGUCGCCGCAAAGCAGACAGAUACAUACCGGCAAGUCGAACUGGAUCUACAUCAUAGUUGGACCUGAAAACAUGCUCAACCGAGAUGAAGUCGCGCAGGCCCUAUCGAGCGUGGAGGGCAUAGAAGGAGAGGUUUUCCUGCACAGCAUCCCGGUUCCUAUGGUCGCUCCAACCUCUCAAGUCCAGGCUGCCUUGUGGUCCCAACAAUUCUGGCCUUCGUUAUACCGGAAGAACAACCCACUGGGGCCGCACCCCUCAAUGAUUGCCCGGCAGACCGAGGAGAUAGCUGACGACGCGGCUAUUUGGAUGGCUCUGGCCCACAAAGUGGCCAAAGAAACUCAUGCCAAAGGUUAUGGUGAACCCAUAGGAGCGUGCAUAAUCCAGCGUGAGGAAGGCAAAACGAAGGUGGUGUCGCUAGCUGGCGAUGCCCGCUGGUGUCCAGUUGGUCAAAUGAGCGGAACCGGUAAUCCUAUGGCGCAUGCGGCAAUGCGUGCUAUCAGCAUGGUUGCUCAGAAGCUUGUCCGAGCUGAGAACAAAAAGACGCAGACAAGUCCAACACCAGUGCUGGAGUUCGAAGCCUUCCAAGACAGCCCCAAUCUUGAUGACGAAAAGAAGAUAUUUGACAUUGACCAUCCAAAUCCCGACGGCUAUCUGUGCCACGGGCUUGAAAUGUACCUCACACACGAGCCAUGUGUGAUGUGCUCAAUGGCCAUCCUGCACUCACGCAUGGGCAAGGUUGUCUUCCGUCACCGUAUGCCGUUGACGGGUGGGCUGUGUGCCGAGGAGCGCGGCCGUGGCCAUCCAGCGCUAAAAGGAGCAGACGGCGGCCGCGGUCUAGGUUUAUUCUGGCGCAGGGAACUUAAUUGGAGCAUGAUUGCUUGGGAAUGGGAGUCGGGCGGUGCCAUGAAGCCUCUCGACGUCGACCAUGCUGUGCAUGCUUAG